AUGUAUUCCCUAUCCAUCGUUUUUAGGAUAAUCCAUGAUCAAGGUUUCACUGAAAGCGAAAAGCGACAGCGCCGAUAUGUCGUGAAUUUGAAUCUUAUAGCUGGAAUGGUGGAGGUCAUUCACGUUGUAUCUGCCACCGCUAGAAAAUUCCAGAAUCCCAAUUCCGAGGAGCUGACGAGAAAGAUAACGAAAUAUUACGAAGAGGUAAGGAACAGCGAUGCUGCAGAACUCACAGAAGUUGUUGCGGACGCUAUAGCUAGACUUCUGGAAGACGCUGCUAUUCAGGAAGUGAUUCAGCAAGGCUCCGAUCUUGGUAUCGAAGAAAGCUUCAUGUACUUCCUUCGCGAGUUGCCGAGAUAG